AUGGGCCAGACAGACCUAACGUUCCAUGAGCGUCUGGAGCUGCUACGCGGUUCUGCGUUCGAGUCCGAGCAUGCCUGGCAAUAUGACACAUCCUACAUGGAGCACGAAGCAGCAGCAACAGCGCUUGAGCACGAGAUCGAGCAGUCACUUUCUAGCAUAUCGCCUGACGAGAACUUGGAUGAGCAAGUCCGAAUUAUCAAGACUCAAAUUACUAUCCACAGGGAGAGGCAACGGGCUUUGAAACCACAUCUAGAAAGUGGAAGUGGUGACUUUGAUGGAUGGGGCAACGAGUGUACCUUCGUGCCGGCACCAAACCAUUGGGGUGCGAACGGUGAUCUCGAUGAGGAGAGCGAGACUUUGUCUUCGAUACAUAAGCUUCUUACUUGGCAGUCCUCUUCACCGAUAUCUGUGACACCGCCUUAUUCGCCGCUUUACGAUGAGCUCCCAUCUCCAGACAUUCCUUAUCAUUCGACGUUGAACCCUUACCAAGCACCAACAACCUAUCAUCUCCAUCGCACACGCGAAUGGACAGGUCCUUCAGGCAGCCGCAAAUAUUUCUACACAGCACGCGAGCGUUCCGAUAAAUAUGCUAUGUACAUACUCGAAGCUAUGCACCGAAACGACACUCAGAUCACUGUCGCCGACUUCUUUAGGGCCGCCGAGUACCCCAAAACGUGCAUUCAUAUACUUCUCUCUGGGAUCGAAAAGCAAAGGCUGUCCACGUCAUCGAAAGAUGCUGCCUACAAAUCACGAUGUAUACAUCUAGAUGCCAAAGACGCCUUCGCACAGUCUGUCAAGGAAUAUCCAGACCGACAACAGAAAGUUCCAUGGUCACCACGGCGCUUCACCUACGGAGGCCGACGGUUUGUAUGGAAAUCUGGAGACUCCAAAGACGAUUCGAUGCCUGAGACGCUGUAUGAAUUCCACAGAGAUUGGGCGAAGCCAGGCAGCCGAACUGGGAAGCGCUGCGACGACGCAAGUCCUAUGACAAAACUAGUAUGGGGCGAGAUGAAGAGAAGCGGAAAGGUCGACAGUUACACAAUACAUUUCGCCGGCGGUAUGGACCAGGUUUUCAGAGAGAUUCUUCUUGCCAGCCAAAUGGCCCGACAAAUCUGUUUGUUCACAGCCAUGAACUGA